GGCACACACACACACACACACACACAUACGUGCAGAGAUACACACAGACACACGCACACACUCAGACAUACUGCAAACUCUCCACAGGAAACUCUGAGCCAUAAUGCGAAGGCACCUCAGAGCAGACGGGUGCAUUGCUCAAACCAAGUGGGAUACGGUACGGCUUUGAUAGUGCGUUAAUUACUCAUGUGAUGUGAUACAGAUGUCUGGGGGCUUCAGCCGAAAGUUUGCCUGACGGUUUCCAAGGGGGCCAGGCAGACAUUUUAGAAGAGUGAUAUAUUGGGACAGUCUUUCAAUCAGUGAAAUCAAAGCGCCGAAUGUGUUCCAUAAUGGGCACCCCAGCUGUGCACAUGUUGGUGCUAAUGGUCUGUAUGGCAGCCAGAGGAAUGUGCCAGAUAAACAGAGCUGAGGCAGAGGAAGACCCUGUCCCAGGUGCUCUCGUCCACUCCACCCUCCAGGCUCCGGGUUUCUACAGCACCAUCAGUCCUAGUGCGGGACCUGAUGCACAACCUGUGGGACGUACAAAUCAAACUGUCGUAAAGAGGCCAUUCGCACCUCCGAUGUGCAAUGGGUCUACCUCCAUUAGGAACUAUUUUAAGUACAUCAACACCAUAAUUUCCACUUUAGUGUUUGUGGUCGGUCUGGUCGGCAACGCCACCCUGCUGAGGAUUAUAUCCCAACACAAGUGCAUGAGGAACGGGCCAAACGCCCUCAUUGCCAGUCUGGCACUGGGGGACCUUAUCUACAUAAUCGUUGAUAUGCCCAUCACCGUAUACAAGCUCCUGACGUCACAAUGGCCCUUUAGCGACAGCAAUGCUGGCCUCUGUCUGUGUAAGCUGGUGCCCUUCCUGCAGAAAGCCUCUGUGGGCAUCACUGUUCUCAACCUGUGUGCCCUCAGUGUGGACAGGUACAGGGCUGUGGCGUCCUGGAGCAGAGUUCAGGGUGUGGGCAUCCCUCUGGUGACAGUCAUAGAGAUUGCAUCUAUAUGGGCGCUGUCGCUCUUACUGGCAGUACCGGAGGCUCUCGGCUUCGACAUAGUCAGCUUCGAUUACAGGAACCAAACCAUACGCACCUGCAUGCUUAACCCCAAGAAUGACUUCAUGGUGUUCUAUAGGGAUGCAAAGGACUGGUGGCUGUUUGGCUUCUACUUCUGUGCACCACUGUUCUUCACUGCUAUGUUCUACACUCUGAUGACCUGUGAGAUGCUCAACAACAGGAAUGGCAGCCUUCGGAUCGCCCUCAGCGAGCACCUCAAACAGAGGAGGGAGGUGGCCAAAGCCGUCUUCUGCCUUGUCCUCAUCUUUGCCCUUUGCUGGUUCCCAUUACACCUCAGCAGGAUCCUUAAGAAGAUGAUCUACAUCGAGAAUGAUGAAAAUCGCUGUGAGCUGUUGAAUUUCCUGUUGGUCCUGGAUUAUCUUAGCAUGAACCUUGCAACUAUCAACUCCUGCAUAAACCCUAUUGUUCUCUACUUGGUCAGCAAGAGGUUUAAAAACUGCUUCAAGUCAUGUUUGUGCUGCUGGUGUUACUCCGACAACCAGCUGAGCAGCAUUGGACCCAUGAAUGGUACCAGUAUCCAGUGUAAAAGCCCUGAGCCCAACAACGUCUACACUGAUCGUAAUGCCAGGAAAUACAGCGACUAAUCUCUCACUGGAGGAAUAUUUUCAAGCUCUUCCAUAUACCCAGCAGCUUUUAAAUGCAACCAACCAUAAAGAUAUACAUCAAAAUGUACUUUUCCAGAUAAUAAACGUACAUCCUUAAGACCACUGAAGCAACAUAUGAUCCUGGGAAAAAUGGAUAAGGAACUGGAGUUAAAAGGAACAAACAAUGGAUGUGGUGCACAAUGCUCUUUAUUUGCUCGAGCCUCUCAAACUUCUUAAAACAAACUUAUUGUAUUCCCACACCCACAGACAGUGAAGCUGUAGCGUGAGAGAAGGGGGAGAGGAGGAGGACUCCUUAACAGGAUGCAGCUGAACAGCGUCUAUAAAUUACUCUCAAUCAGUAGCUGAGUGUGCUAUUCCUGUAAAGGCCAACACUACUGGGAAGGAUGCACAAAGCUACAGGAAGGAAAAGCAGACUGCCUGCUGUCAGAGGGAAUGAUGGGAGAUGAGUAUGCACAGUCCCCAGGAGUUCACCACUCAUUGACGGUGGAAAACAGGAAAGCACGAUACUGACUCAAGCAGCAAUUAAUUUUCUAUUAAAAUAUGUGGUUGUACGGUGUAUUUUACUCCCACUCAUUGCUCAUAAAGCUGCUUUGUGGGUUAAUUAGAAUUGUUAAAGUUCAUUUGCUUCGUGCUUCAGUUUCUGUUUAAUGUAAUCACGAUUCACUUCACAGACCUCCAAACAUCUAGUUGGUGAUCCAGAAAUGACAGAUUUCACAGAGAAAUCACAUCCGGUGUCACAAUCAGCCAGUAUACACCGGCAAUAAGUCAAGUACAGGGUUGUAGGUUGUGGAGCGGAUAAGGUACAACUGUGUUUUCAUAGCAUGUCAGGCAACUGAUAAGUAUGAAGUAAAGCAUUAUGACAGGUCUGAUAUCACCGAUGACCAAAAAUGGACAGGAACUAGCUUUUUUUCUAAACACUGUGAACUGUGAAACUAACAAUAAUUGUGAUCUUUGCUUGUAUAACCCAUGGAAUAUAUGCAGUAUAUACAUUAUAUAUAGUGUCCACUUUUAUAAAGUGUUAUAUUGCAGUAACAAUAAGUAUUUUACUCAGACUACAUUACCUGUGUAAUGACAGAGACAAAUGAGUUUUUAAAGGUGGUGGUAAAUGCUCCAAAUAUUAAAGGAAUAGUUUGACAUGUUGAAACACGAGAAGGCCGAGAUCAGCCUCUCUUUGUACAAUAAAUAUUUAGCUACAGAGAUAGUAGAUAGAGAUGGCUAGCGUAGCUAAGCGUAGGAACUGGAAACAGUUGUCUGGAAGUGACAAAAUCAACCUGCCAGCACCUCUAAGACAGACUAAACUAAUUAACAUGUGAUAUCUUGUUUGCUUAAUCUGCAUGAAAUGUUAUGUUGGCAAUUGGUGGUGGUUAGCCAGCAGCUAACAGGCUGUGAAAAAUGUAUUGUAUGUUGUAUUCACAUCUUAAUAUCUGGCUGGCUGGCUGCCUGAGGUCAACUAGACUAGCAAAAACCACAAACAAGAUACCAUGUAUUAAUAAGAGAGCCUUUGAGGUGUUAGUUUGGGCCAAGUCUUGCUAUCUGUUUCUCCUUGUUUCCAGUCUUUAUGCUACGCUAAGCUAAUCAAAUGCUGGUGUAGCUUUAUAUUUAACAUACAGACUUGACAGAGGUGUCGAUCUUCUCAUCUAGCUUUGGGCAAGGGAGUGAAUUAGGGCAUUUCGUAAAACUAUUCAAGCUAUUCUUUUUAUGUGGAAACCAUAUUCAGCUAUCAAAUAACUAUACCGCCUUGCUAUUUGGUAUGUGAAUACAUGUAAACCUGCCCGUGUUUGACUAUGAGUUAGCAUGUGUGUGAGUGCUGUGUGUAUGAUUACCUGCACUCCUUUCGUCGGAGUGUUUUGCACACUUGUGUACAGAGGAAAGGGCUAUAUCUGUACAGUAUUAAUUUGCCACUUAUCCAUUGAAGCGAUUCAUAAUAAUCAGUGAGACAGUGGAAUUCAUGUGUGUUGUCAUUGAUUUAACAUGUUAACCUCAUGUAAAUGCUGCUGCUUCUACCAAUAAAUCAAUUUCCAUCUCCA